ACUGGGUCUGUGUUUGCCAUAGUUCUUAGGAGUAAGUGAAAAUACACCCAGCACAGUAAUUACAAUGGGCUCGAAUCUUGCAUUCUGUAAGCUGUAACUCUGGUCCUCCUGACAGAGAAUGUGAUUGACAUUCACAGGUGUGGGAAUGGCUAUGCGGAAAAUGGGCGCCAUGGCCAAGCCAGACUGUGUCAUCACUUCCGACGGCACACACCUCACCGUCAGAACCGAGAGCACGUUGAAGACCACCCAGUUCUCAUGCAACCUGGGAGAGAAGUUUGAAGAGACCACAGCAGAUGGCAGGAAAACUCAGACCGUCUGCAACUUCGUCAACGGUGCGCUGGUCCAGCACCAGGAGUGGGACGGGAAGGAGAGCACCAUCACGCGGCGGCUGGAGGGCGGGAAGCUAGUGGUGGAAUGCGUCAUGAACAAUGUCAAUUGUACUCGGGUCUAUGAGAAAGUGGAGUAAGAAUUCCAUCAUCCUUCCAGGCGGGAAUUAGCCAUGAGGAUAAACAAGCUCAGUUCAAUGAGCAAAUCUCUCCACGCGUUUUUUCCCCUUUACUGUGUUCAGUUAUCACAACCAUUUUACAUGCAACUAUUUCUGAGUUGGUUUAAUUAAGAUCGACCGUUUCGUUAGUAAAUAAAUGUGUUUAUGCUAUA